CCUCCAGCUAUGAUAUAAUCCCCUUCUUUCUCUUCACCUGUCUUCUGUUUUGACACUACAGCUCGCUUAUUCCCCCCCCUCCCCCCGCGUACCAAACAGAGAGACAGUCCAUAACCACCAAAAGAAACAACAACCACCUCCCUCUCCAACACAUCCAACACAUCCAAGAACAACCAAAAUGCCCAAAGACCGCCACCACCAACCCACACACAAAACCACCCUCCUCCUAUUAAGCGACACCCACACCCUCACCCCCCAAGAUCCAAAUCACAAUCAAAAUGAAAAUCACCCCCAAUCCCAAGAAACCUCCUCAGAAGCCCCCAUCGCAGACCCCGCCUUCCUCUCCCCGCUCCCGCCAGCCGACAUCCUCAUCCACGCCGGCGACCUCACCAAAGUCUCGCGACGCCACGAACACCUCACCACCCUCUCCUAUCUGAAAUCCCACCCGGCGGCCCUCAAACUCAUCGUGCCGGGCAACCACGACAUCACCUUCGACGAAGCCUACUACAACGAACUGGGCCACCACCGCCACCGCAACCGCACCGACCACACCGCUCCGUCGGCGAGGGCCUCCGCGGCAAAUAUCUCGUCUGGAAAAGCGGAGCCCGGGCAGGUGGAGGAUCCGGAGGCGAUACGGCGGUUGUAUACCUGCCAAGAAGCGUGGGAGGCGGGGAUCCGGUUAUUGGAGAAGGAGGGGGUUUAUGAGUUUGAGGUGGUGGUGGGUGGUGCUGGUGGUGGUGGUGAUGGUGAUGGAUAUACUACUACUACUAAGGAGGAGGGCAAGAAGAAAAAGAUUCACUUCAAAGUGUAUGCCAGUCCCUGGACGCCCGAGUUCUGUCAGUGGGCGUUUGGGUAUGAGCGCGGCGUGGAUCGGUUCAAUCCUCCGGAUCCUGCAUCCGCAUCGCCUCCAACAGCAGAGCAGGAGGAGCAGCAGCAGCAGCAGCAGCAGCAAGAUGACGACUACGCCCCCGAGAUCCGCGAACGCACCCGCACGCACGGCAGCACCGGCUCCCGCGGCGAAGGGGCCCGGGGCACCGUGGCCGCGAAUUCCGGGCGUGGCGGCUUCGUGGCCCCCGCCCCGAUCCCGGACGAGAUCGAUCUGGUCAUCACCCACGGCCCGCCCUAUGGGAUCCUGGACCAGGUCGUGCCGAAUCAUGUCAGCGUCGGGUGCGAGCAUCUGUACCGCGCGGUCAAGCGGGCACGGCCGCGGCUGCAUGUCUUCGGCCACAUCCACGAGGGGUAUGGGGCGAUGCGCCGCGAGUGGAGCACGGGGAACGACUCGCUCAUCCAGUGCGAUCGCCAGCGCACGCGCGAGGAGCACUGCGCGCGCGUCGACGUCAGUAAGACCAGCAUGAUGCCGUUGAAUCCCGGGCAGGAGACCUUGUUCGUCAAUGCCAGCGUGGUCAGUGUGCAGUAUCAUCCUAUCAAUGCGCCGUGGUUGGUCGAGAUGGAGCUGCCGGUGGCGCCGGACGCAGACCACCCCUGAUUUCAUCUUACUAUGAUAGAGCGGAGGAGAUAAGACACAGAAAAGAGGAGAGAGCAAACGCUCCGGUUGUUCAUUUCUAUCACUAGUUGUUUGUUUCUGCUAUAUGCUUCUCGAGCCUGCCUUCAUCAUCCGUUGUUCAGUUAUAUAUCCCUCCAACUGACUUUGCGUUUGACACCAUGAUGACUACCUAUACACUUGGAAAUGGAUGUACGUCUGAAUUGCACACCCUGCAGCACACUACCUAAUAAUAUACACCUAUCGACCUCACUCCGCAAAUACAUCACCUUCUCCAGGGUAUAGUUUGAAUGCAAGGU